CGAACAAUACAUUAGCGUAAACAACGGCUCUCACACGACCAUUACGAAAAUCUCGGAACACCGCAACUAGCAACGGUGGUGGCUGCCGCUGGCUCAUCGAAUCAUUUCACGGUAAUUCUCCAUCGCGUUCGGGUGCGUGGCGGCACGGUGAACUGAAGCGCAGAACCAAACAAUUGACGGUCGCGGGUGUCCGUGAGAAGACCAAAAUAAGCUCUUCGAGUCUCGCCUGCAUCAAAGCAGGUGCCUUUGCACAAAGAGAAGGUUUCGAAACGCUGUGAGUGAGUUCUUUUGCCCCUAAUUUCGAUCGUUCAUUCAUAGUAGUGAUCCAAGUGACCGGUGCGGUGUUCGUUGCUCAUUUGACUACAAGAAUCGGUUCACCUUCAAAGUGAUAAUAAACAACUAAACAGUGCGUGACGUGCGUCGAAGAUGGCUAGCUUAAAAAUCGACGAACAAAACUCCCCCUACAUCGAUCUGGGCAAUGACUACAUCGUUCGGCUGGAAAGCGACGAGUACACCGAUGUCAAGUCCAAGGAAAAAGCUGCACGUGAGUUGCGCGAAACCCCCCAAGUUGUCGCCGAAGCGUUCGCCAGCUUAAGGGCAAGGCUACAAGAGGAAAAAUCCCUCUACGUGCCAAUCGAGGACGACGCGUUCCUGGUCAAGUUCCUGCGGCCAUGCAAGUAUUACCCGGAUAGCGCAUUUGCACUGAUUCAACGCUACUACCGCUUCAAACAGAAACACCCUGACGCUUGCGCUGAUCUAUUUCCGUCUACGGUGAAGCACGUGUACGCAGAAGGAUUGCUGUUUUUUCAGCCGCUGCGGGACCAGAACGGUUCCCGUAUACUGGUGCUGGAGGUGGGGAAAAAAUGGAAACCAUCCGUUGUCUCCCUGAACGACCUGUUCCGUGCGAUGCAGAUCGCACUGGAGGCUGGCAUGAAUGAGCCCCGCACUCAGCUGAACGGUGCCGUUGUAAUUCUGGACAUGGAAGGUCUCUCGUUGUCGCAGAUUUUCCAAUUUACACCCCGCUUCGCUGCCAUGGCCGUCGAGUGGGUCCAGGAGUGCACGGCGAUGCGCCUGAAGUCCAUUCACGUCGUCAACAAUUCGUAUCUGUUCAACAUGCUGUUCACCAUCUUCAAACCGUUCCUGUCGGAUAAGCUGAAGAAAAGGAUCAUCUUCCAUAACAGGGACUGGGCAUCACUCACUUCUCACGUCGAUCCGGGUUGCUUGCGGCCCCGGUAUGGAGGUACCCUGGAUGCACCAGACUACGAAGGGCGGCUGAUUGGGGAAAUGCUGACGCUGUAUCAGAAGGAGUAUGAAGAAGCCAACUCGUUCGGGUAUCCCAAAAAGGUGUAGCGCAAAGGAGAUGAAUAGUUGAUUCGAAAUACAUUGUUAAUAACUUUUGUUUAAGAAAAACACCAAUCAUUGUGAUAAACCAUAGUACAUUUAAUAGGAGUGUGGAAUUAUUUAAUUUAAAUAGCCCGAAUUAUAUUCGACAUUUAAAUAUGACGGAAUAAAGGUAGAAUUUUAAUUAUCAGAA